UUUGGGAGCUCUAUAAAAUCUCUGAAAAUAUUUGGAUUGCUCAGAGGGUGCAAAAUGAGGGUCCUUCUCUUUCUAUGUGUGAGUGUGGCUCUACUUUAUAUGGUCACCAGUGAUCACAAGGAAGGACACCAUGAUAAUGAUAAGCAUAACCACACGGAACAUGAGCAUCAUAAUGGCCACAAGGCCCAUGAUGAUAAACAUGACCACAAACACGAUCACCAUGAAAAAGGAAAGCACCAUCACCAUCACCAUCACAAUGAAUCAUCAGAAAGCCACAAAAUAGCGCAAAGCAAUUAUGGAUUUGCAUACAAGCUCUUCAGACAGGUAGCUGCAGAUCAUCCAUCUGAAAACAUUUUCUUCUCCCCGGUGAGUAUUUCCACUGCAUUUGCUAUGCUGUCCUUGGGUGCCAGGUCUCAGACCCAUCAUCAGAUCAUCGAAGGUCUGAACUUCAAUAUCUCAGAGAUAUCAGAACAAGAGAUCCAUGCAGGCUUCCAGAAUCUCCUACACAUCUUAAAUGAACCUGACAGCGAAUUGCAGCUCAACAGUGGAAACGCUCUAUUUAUAAGCAAAAACUGGAAGCUACUCCAGAAGUUCUUAGAAGAUGUCAAGAAAUUCUAUGAGGCAGAGGCAUUUUCUACUGAUUUCCACAAUGAGGAAGAGGCAAAAUCUCAGAUCAACAGUUAUGUGGAAAAGAAAACAAAUGGGAAAAUUGUUGAUUUGCUGAGCAGUGUUGACCCAGAAGCCGCAGUUGUUCUUAUAAAUUACAUUUACUUCAGAGGAAAAUGGCAAAACCCUUUUCAGGAAGAAUUAACAAAAGAAGGUGAUUUCCAUGUUGAUGAGAACACUGUUGUGAAGGUUCCAAUGAUGUUCAGAAAUAACUACUACAGGGUAGUACAUGACAGGGAUCUUGGUUGUCAUGUGGUAGAAAUACCAUACAAAGGAAAUGCCACGGCAUGGUUUAUUCUGCCAGAAGAAGGAAAAUUUAAAGCAGUGGAAGAAGCUCUUGGGAAACCCACCUCAAAAAAAUGGCUAAUGAAUUUUAGUGACUGGUUAAUAAACUUAUGGAUACCCAAAUUUUCCAUUUCUACCACGCUUGACCUUGUACCUGAGUUGAAAAAAUUGGGUGUUACAGAUCUAUUUUCUGAUGAAGCUGAUCUCUCUGGUAUUACAGGAGAAUCAACCCUUAAAGUCUCUAAGGCUGUUCAUAGGGCUGAACUAAGUGUUGAUGAAAGAGGGACAGAAGCUGCAGGUGCAACCGUUGUGGAAGCUGUACCCAUGAUGCUUCCACCAUCCAUCAAAUUCAACAGACCUUUCUUUUUAACUAUUUACCAUAUACCAACCAGAAGUUUAUCUUUUCUUGGAAAGAUUGUCAACCCCCUGAAAUAGCCCAACUUACACACUGUGAGCUGUUUUAAAUAAACUCACCUUAUCUCUA